UGUGAGGGAGAGAGGCUGGGAGGGAGGAGGGAGAGCGCCGUCGCUUCCUCCCGUCACUAAAGCAAUAACCUAUUAGGAUUUUUUUUUUUUAAUUAUUUUUUUGUGGGCAACUAUCACCCCAGAGAUAAAGAGGGGGAGAGAAGCACCGCCAGACCAACUCUUGUCAUUUCCAGUAAGAAGUUGCAGACUUCAUGUAGCUGUCUCUGCUCUGCUGAGAGAGGGAUGGAAAUUGUGUGCAGUGCAGAGUGGAAAAUACCCCCGGUCUAAAGAAGUGCACCGGAUUUUUGCUUGCUGUUUGUUUGGGUUGUUUCGUGCACGUUAAACACCCGAAGGAUCGCCGCUUAAUAGAAAUGAAACGUGGAGAGGAUGACUAACGACAGAACUGUGAAUUUGUUCCCUGGAGUUGCUAAUUUGCCACCCCGAAGCAACACAUAUCUCAAGGAGGAAGCGUUUGGCUGCUGCUGAUUUCUCCAAAACUGGUGUUUUACCAGAUGCAUUGUGCUGUAUCUGCUGGAACAGAUCAUUGCUUAGCUGCAGCAGAUCGUCAAAGGUAGACAACCAACUGCUGUCUCCAAAUAAGAAAUGAGAUGUAAUGCAUCCUGCAGUCCAUGCAUGCCUCCUCUUGCAAAUCGCGCAUCAUUCCUCCCUGGAAACCUUUAAGUCCUAAAAUCUGGGAAAAGAGAAUAAAAACAUUAUCAUGGACCUGAGGGAUUUUUACCUGUUGGCCGCUUUGAUUGCCUGUUUAAGGCUGGAUUCUGCUAUAGCUCAAGAACUUAUUUACACUAUUAGAGAGGAGCUGCCUGAAAACGUACCCAUAGGGAACAUACCAAAGGACCUGAACAUUUCUCACAUCAAUGCUGCCACGGGGACCAGUGCCAGCCUUGUCUACAGACUGGUGUCUAAAGCAGGGGAUGCCCCUCUGGUCAAAGUGUCCAGUACCACUGGGGAAAUCUUUACGACAUCUAACAGAAUAGACAGAGAAAAACUCUGUGCUGGAGCUUCCUAUGCAGAAGAAAAUGAAUGUUUCUUUGAACUUGAAGUGGUGAUUCUCCCCAAUGACUUUUUUAGGCUGAUCAAAAUAAAAAUCAUUGUAAAGGAUACUAAUGACAAUGCACCUAUGUUUCCAUCCCCUGUCAUCAAUAUCUCCAUCCCAGAAAACACUCUGAUCAACAGUCGCUUUCCAAUCCCAUCAGCAACAGAUCCUGACACAGGUUUCAACGGUGUGCAGCACUACGAGUUGUUAAACGGCCAGAGUGUCUUUGGACUGGAUAUUGUAGAAACUCCAGAAGGAGAGAAAUGGCCUCAGCUGAUUGUGCAGCAGAACUUGGACAGAGAGCAAAAGGACACCUACGUGAUGAAAAUCAAAGUGGAGGAUGGAGGUACCCCCCAGAAAUCCAGCACAGCCAUCCUGCAAGUCACAGUAAGUGAUGUCAAUGAUAACAGGCCAGUGUUUAAAGAGAGUCAAGUAGAGGUUCAUAUACCAGAGAACGCCCCUGUAGGCACUUCCGUAAUUCAGCUUCAUGCUACAGAUGCAGAUAUAGGAAGCAAUGCAGAAAUCAGAUAUAUUUUUGGUGCCCAAGUCGCCCCUGCAACCAAAAGAUUUUUUGCUUUAAACAACACCACAGGGCUGAUUACGGUUCAGAGGUCCUUAGAUCGAGAAGAGACUGCUAUUCACAAAGUGACAGUGCUGGCUAGCGAUGGUAGCUCUACACCGGCUCGGGCAACUGUUACCAUCAAUGUCACUGACGUAAAUGAUAACCCUCCUAACAUAGACCUCAGGUACAUAAUAAGUCCCAUCAAUGGCACAGUGUACUUAUCUGAGAAAGAUCCCAUCAAUACAAAGAUUGCCCUAAUUACGGUUUCAGAUAAGGACACUGAUGUGAACGGCAAAGUGAUCUGUUUCAUUGAGAGAGAGGUCCCCUUCCACUUGAAGGCGGUUUAUGACAACCAGUAUUUGUUAGAGACCUCUUCCUUGUUGGACUAUGAGGGCACCAAAGAAUUCAGCUUUAAAAUUGUUGCUUCUGAUUCUGGCAAGCCCAGCUUGAACCAGACUGCCCUGGUAAGAGUUAAACUGGAGGAUGAAAAUGACAACCCUCCGAUUUUCAGCCAGCCUGUAAUUGAGCUGUCAGUUUCUGAAAACAACCGGCGUGGUCUAUACUUAACAACUAUUAGUGCCACAGAUGAAGACAGUGGGAAAAAUGCAGACAUUGUUUAUCAGCUUGGCCCUAAUGCCUCCUUUUUCGAUCUGGAUCGAAAGACAGGAGUUUUGACAGCAUCCAGAGUUUUUGACAGAGAAGAGCAGGAACGUUUCAUUUUCACUGUUACAGCCCGAGACAAUGGCACCCCUCCUUUGCAGAGUCAAGCAGCUGUAAUUGUUACUGUGUUGGAUGAAAAUGACAACAGUCCCAAAUUUACUCAUAAUCACUUCCAGUUUUUCGUAUCGGAGAACUUACCAAAGUAUAGCACGGUGGGGGUGAUCACAGUGACCGAUGCAGAUGCCGGGGAAAAUAAAGCGGUGACCCUUUCCAUCCUGAAUGACAACGAAAACUUUGUGCUGGAUCCGUACUCAGGAGUUAUAAAGUCCAAUGUUUCUUUUGAUCGAGAACAGCAGAGCUCCUACACCUUUGAUGUUAAGGCAGUAGAUGGAGGGCAACCUCCUCGCUCUUCUACAGCGAAAGUAACCAUAAAUGUCAUGGAUGUUAACGAUAACAGCCCCGUUGUCAUCUACCCGCCUUCUAAUACUUCUUUUAAGCUAGUGCCACUCUCAGCAAUUCCAGGAUCGGUGGUAGCCGAAGUGUUUGCUGUGGAUAUAGACACUGGAAUGAAUGCCGAGCUUAAGUACACAAUUGUAAGCGGAAAUAACAAGGGUUUGUUUCGGAUUGAUCCAGUGACAGGUAAUAUCACUCUGGAAGAAAAACCAACUCCUAAUGAUGUGGGGCUGCAUCGCUUAGUUGUCAACAUAAGCGAUUUGGGUUACCCCAAAUCCCUGCAUACUCUCGUGCUUGUAUUUUUGUAUGUAAAUGAUACUGCUGGAAACGCGUCUUAUAUUUAUGACUUGAUACGCAGGACUAUGGAAACACCUUUGGACCGGAACAUAGGGGACAGUAGCCAACCCUACCAAAAUGAGGACUAUCUCACGAUCAUGAUCGCCAUUGUGGCAGGUGCCAUGGUUGUCAUAGUUGUGAUAUUUGUCACAGUUCUCGUUCGCUGUCGACAUGCAUCCAGAUUCAAAGCCGCCCAGAGGAGCAAGCAAGGUGCUGAGUGGAUGUCUCCCAAUCAGGAGAACAAGCAAAACAAGAAAAAGAAAAGGAAGAAAAGGAAAUCUCCGAAGAGCUCUCUUUUGAACUUUGUGACCAUUGAGGAGUCCAAACCUGAUGAUGCAGUUCAUGAACCUAUCAACGGGACAAUAAGCCUUCCAGCAGAGCUGGAGGAGCAAAGUAUAGGAAGAUUUGAUUGGGGCACAGCACCACCAACAACCUUUAAGCCUAACAGUCCUGAUCUUGCCAAGCAUUACAAAUCUGCCUCUCCACAGUCUGCUUUUCAUCUCAAACCUGACACUCCAGUUUCAGUGAAAAAGCACCAUGUGAUUCAGGAACUCCCGUUGGACAACACCUUUGUUGGUGGUUGUGACACCCUUUCCAAACGCUCUUCCACUAGUUCAGAUCACUUCAGUGCCUCAGAGUGCAGUUCCCAAGGAGGCUUCAAGACAAAGGGCCCCUUACACACCAGACAGUCCCAGCGCCGUGUUACAUUUCACCUCCCCGAUGGCUCCCAGGAAAGCUGCAGUGACAGUGGUCUGGGAGACCACGAGCCGGUGGGUGGUGGAACCCUGAUCUCACACCCUCUCCCUCUGGUUCAGCCGCAGGACGAAUUCUACGACCAGGCUUCACCUGACAAGAGGACUGAAGCUGAUGGCAACUCCGACCCCAACUCGGAUGGGCCUCUUGGGCCACGAGGAUUAGCUGAAGCUACAGAGAUGUGUACUCAAGAAUGCCUGGUUUUGGGUCACUCGGACAACUGUUGGAUGCCUCCCAGCUUGGGCCCAUACCAACAGCCAAAGUCUCCUCUCUCCACCUUUGCACCUCAGAAGGAAUGGGUUAAGAAGGACAAACUAGUUAAUGGACACACAUUGACCAGGACCUGGAAAGAAGAUAGCAACAGAAACCAGUUCAGUGACCGAAAGCAGUAUGGUUCCAGUGAGGGCCACUUCAGCACUGGCAACCACAUGACUGACAUUCCUCUGGCCAACUUGAAGUCUUAUAAGCAGGCCUCAGGAGCUGUUGAGAGUCCAAAGGAGCACCAGCUAUAAGAAAUAGUUACUUUGGACCAAUGACUUUAGCCUACUUAGACUUGCUAAUACUGUGUGUGUGUCAGAGCUUUAUGUACUGGGUAGACCUCUAGAACUAUGCUUCACCUAGCAGAGAUAUGCAUAUCUUUAUGUUAGCACCGUGGAAGGUAUGAUGUCCUGCAACAUGAAAGAGUGUUUCUACUAGUUGUGUGGUUUCGUUAAAUAGACAUGAUUAAAAUCUGCAGAGAUCUCUCCAGUUUGCAAAUAUCCUUUUUUUGUUUGUUUGUUUUUUGACCCUGGACUGCUGCUAUGAACAACAGAAGAUGCAUUUGGAGAGUGAGAGAGCGAGAAAGUUCAGUGGAUUGCAAUGAUUGAAAAGCAUAUCCAGUUAGAAAAUUGUGCUUUUGUUGUCAUUGAUCUAUGCUGGGACCUUUAUACUUGAGAUCAUAUUGCAAACAAAACAACUGAAACUGUAAACAUUAAACCUAUUGUGCUAUUAACAAUGUUAGUGGACACUUAUAAGUCGAUCAGUGUUCAAAUACUUGUAUAUAGAAACAAUUAUUACUUACAAUUUUUGUGUACUUAUAACGUUCACUUGAAAAUAUACUGUAGCAUAUUUCUGUGUUUCACAGUUGCUUUUUACUUUCUUUCAUUUGCUUCCUGUUGUUUUGCUUUUAUUUUCAGUGAUGGUGUUUCUGUGUUAGUAGUCUGUCUGACACACAAUGUUCCAAGGAACUCAAAACACUUGUGUUACAAGUGAAAAAAAGAAGUGAUGGGGUGGGAGGGAAGGUUGGUUGUAGAAAGGAAAAAAAAAAAAAAAGGUUUUUCUUUCUAUGUAGUAGCAAAUGAUGCCAGCAUUCAGGUAGAAUUUCUUCUUUCUUUUUUUUUUUUUUUUAAUAGUAAGAAAUGAAAGGACUUGUGUAAGGGCUUAAAAAUUUAGCUUGCUUUUUUUUUUUAAAAAAAAUUCCAUUAUGUUUCAUGAAACAGGGAAACUGCAAAACAAAAGAAGAUUUAAAUUUGUGGUGUUGCGUGAGAGGGAAAGCUGUUCAUUUGGAAUCCUUGAUCAAAUUAGCUGCAGUCUGUCAUUUAAUGAGUGGUAGCUGACAUUGGUCUCAGCUGGGAUAUAUGGAGGAAAUUCUACAGGAACAAAAUACAAUAAUCAUGUUUUUCCAAUUGGGCAGGUGUGUGUCUAUACCUAAGACAGUUUGUAUUGCUGAAACAGCAGCAUUUGUGUUGAUCUUCAUCGGCGUUAAUGUUGUAGUAACACAAGUGUUUUUAGACCAUAGCCACAGAAUAUUUAAUGUGUUGUGCCUUCAUGAUGUAACAGAGCAUUCUCCUGGUAGGCUAGUUGGGGGAACUAAAGGGUUAAAUCUCUAAUUAUUGCUGUUUAACUGUUUGUUAUCAUAGUUGGUCAAUGCCUGGCAGGUAUCAGUAUCAUGUCACCUCAGUCAAACCAGCAGAGUGACUCCUAAUGUUAAUAAGAUCUAAGUUGCACGCAAAGCAAAUCCAAAUCCAAACAUUUUUAGAUGGUUUUUGUUAAGGCAUGACAGAUGAUUUACACAAAUAAAUAGCAUGCAAAAAAAAAAGAAAAAAAAAGAAAAAAAAAAAGUCCUCACAGAAAAAAGCAGAAGUUACUUAUGCCACAAUGGAACAUCAGUCUUAAAGUAACAAAUUUAGCUAAUCUGAAGGUGAUUUUAUUCUUACCAAAAACACAAGCUUUUUUUUUUCUUUAUUUUUUUGUAUAUAGCAGUUCAUUUUUUUUUUUUUUACUUUUCUCUCUUUUUUUUUUUUUUCCCCUCCACAGUAUAA